AUGGAACCUAAACAUCUUGGACAUAUUGCCUUCUUGUUUAUUUUCAGUGGUUUGCUUGUAUGGCUUGUAUUUUAUUCGAAACUAUUAGCCAGAGUGCCAGACGACCUUUCCUGUUUGAAAAUACACGACUAUCACAUCAAGAGAGAAAAGUACUUAUUGUCAUCUCCAUUAAAAGUUGGAUUUAAACUUCAUUCAUCAGGUUGCAUCACAGAAUAUACGCACAGCAAUUGUCUUGUCAUUCUUUCACAAACUAAACAUUCGAAUGGAACUAGUUCAGAUUAUUAUUUGAAAUCUCAACAAGGAAUUACAAUUACAAAGAAAUCAAUUCAAAAUAAUGAAUUCCAAAUAGAAAUUACUCCAGUUCAUCAUGACCAUUCAAAUGUCGAUAAAUUACCAAAACAAUUGAACUUGGAUUUGACAUGUAAUUCCAAAAAUAUUGAAAGUGUAACUAUUCCUCUAUCCACACAAAUAUUUUCCGAGCAAGUAUUCAAAGCAUAUAGAAAGAAUAAUCCAGAACUCAAUCAUGUUAACAUUCUAAUUGCUGGAAAUGUUGGAUCUGGUAAAAGUACUCUUGUCAACUCGUUCUAUACUUGUGUGACAGAUCGUGUCAAGUUUACAGUUCCUGCUCUAGUCAAUAACAAUCACACCACAAUUGAACUAAACAAAUUGAGAUUGAAUGUGAUGGAUUAUUCAACAGAUAGUUCAAUUACUUCGAAUAUUACCAUUCUGGACACUGUCGGCAUUACAAAAUAUAAUUACAAUUCGAAAGAGGCAAUUGAAUUGAUUUUAUCAGGUGAAAAUCCGAAUAUUUACCUUGAAGGAAAUAUUAAGAGAUCAGAAAUUGAUAUCAAGCUUCUUGAGGAAAGACUGCGAGAGUUGGCAAUUGUAUUCGAAUUGAAAACUAUGAGUACUGAAGAGGAAUAUUUGUUAAAUCUCUUUUUUGCACACAAUACGCCAGAACAUCAACAAAAGUUACAGAACUAUGUCAAGAAUAAUGAUUGGAAUUCGUAUAUUGAAAAGAGAAAGAAAGAAAUUAAAUUUAAAAAGGAUAAUUUGGAUAAGUUGGCUGAUUUGGAGCUUGAAUAUAAUACCAAAGAUGCAAUUGUUAAACAAAAUAAGGUUUUACUAAAUACAGAAAAGGAAAAAUUUGAAAAAGGACUUGCCAACAAGAAGAUGGACAAUAAGAUUAACAAUAAGGUUCAUGCUAUUGUCCUGCUCGUUUCUCAACCAUCAAUAGAUUCAGAUCAUUUACUUCAGGAUAGUAUUAAGAAUUUCAUUAAGGAAAUUUCCAUUCAUGGAAUUUAUCCCAUUAUUGGUGUGACUCAUCUCUCAACCAAUAAUGAAAGUAUAGUUAUUGAAACUGUUAAGAAAUCUUUAGGAUUUGAUGCCAACAAUAUAUUCCUUGUACCAUUCAAUACCAAUAAGGAGAAGAAUUUUGAAGUUGACAAGAAAAUACUAUCUCUCUUACUUGAAGCAAUCACAAGAGGCAACGAUUUUAAAGAACAACGAAGAAGUCAAGUUAAAGAUGAAUUGUAA